CAAAACCAAUAAAGUGCUUUAAUCGUUAACAAAACCAAUAAUAAAAAUAUUAGCCAUAAAUAUGCAUAAUGUGUGGAGUGUCCGUUUUCGUUACCGUUUCCGCUCGAAGCGCACAAGUUUACACUUAGGAUUAAAGAUGCUCUCUCUGGCCAGAGACAUUUAAUAUCAUCCAAAAUGGCUGCAUCCAUAUAUGCCACCCCACCGCCAGAUCUGAGCAGCGAGGACACUGCUCUCUCCGAUGUCUCCAACUCAUCGACACUCAACACGAAUCGAAGCAACAACAACAAUACACAUGAAGCCACAACAGCAGCAGCGGGAGGAGCAGGAGGAGGAGCAGCAGCUGGCAACCAUUCACCCACAGAGCAGUUGGUCAAGGGAGGGGAGCUGGAACGGGAGCCCUCGCAGUCGCCAAAGACAUUGCAGAAGCCAGCGGGAAGCAGCACAAAUGAGGCAGACAAUGCCGAAGAUGACGAGGAUGUGGCAACGGAAGCGGGAGAAGCGACAGCUGAGGGAGGAGUGGAGGAUGGAGCGGCAGCGGCAGCGGAAACGGAAAUGGAAAUGGAAACGGAAGAGGGUGCCAGCAACAUGGCGGCAAUGGCCGCGGCGGCAGCCAAUGCGGCAGCCAUGCAGCUGCAGCUGCUGGAAGCGCUCAGCGAUGCGGCCAAGAAGCGGCGCAAGCAGCACAAUCCCAGUCGCCUGGAGGCGCUCAACCUGAGCGGGGCGGAGGCACAGCUCGAGGAUCGCACGCGGGUGGACUAUGAGGAGAAGCUGUCGAAGAUGUUUCUGCCCAAGUCCAUGGAGAAGCUGAAGGAGACCUUCGAGCUGCUGCAGCAGCACAAGCAGGAGCAGGAGGAGCAGCAGCAGGAGGAGGAGUCCGAGCACAUAUCAGAGGCCAAGCAGCAGCAGCAGCAGCAGCAGGAGCAGGAUCAGCGUCGCAAUCCCUAUCAGACCUACUGCAAGCAGUGCGGCGAGAACUUUGAGACCGAGUUCAAGCUCAGUCUGCACAUGCUGCAGGAUCAUCGCGAGGGACAGCAGCAGGAGCGGGAUGUCGAGCCCAUGGACUUUCUCAGCUCGAUCAAGGUGAAGCUGGAGCGCGAGGAGAGUCCCAAUCAGCUGCAGCUCGAGCAGGACAUGUCCAAUGGGCAUGGCCGGGAGCAGGAGCAGGACCAAGAGCAGGAACACUGGUACAAUGCCAUGGCCCAACAGCAGCAACAGCAGCAGCAGCAGCAGCAGCAGCUUCACCCUCAUGGCUCGGCGCUGGGCCCUGCCUUUCCCUUUCCACCCGGCAUGGGUCCGGCGGGUUAUCUGCCGCUGCUGGGCAUGUCCGGAUUCCCCGGGGUGGAUGGACUGAAUCGUCCACCGUUGCGCAUCUUCAAUCCGGAGGCAUACUGCGAGCUGUGCAACAAGGAAUUCUGCAACAAAUAUUUCCUCAAGACACACAAAGCCAACAAGCAUGGAAUCUUUGACCCUGUGGGUGAGCCAACAGCCAACAGCACUUCCAGCAACAACAACAACAACAACACGACCAGCAGCAACAACAACAGCAACAGCGGCAGCUCCAUGAGCCACAUGUUCCAGCUGCAGCGAGAGGCAGCCGCAGCGCCGCAGCCACCGCCGCCACCGCCGCCAGCCCCGUCCAGUGUGGCAGCCAAAGUGGAUGCAGCAGCGCCCGUGGCCAACAUACACUGCGACAUCUGCUCGAAGCGCUUCACCAACAUCUUUGCCAUGCGGCGACACCGCGCCAAGCAGCACGAACAGGCAGCGGCAGGGGCAGCGGCAGAUUCCUCGCCCAACUCCCAGGGACAGACGCGACGCGGCAGUCCUCCCAUUGAGAGUCAGUCCAUCAAGCAGGAGGCACAGCCAGAGCUGGAGCUGCAGGCCAGACCACAGCCGUUUCAGCUGCCCGAGGGCUUCCGCGAGGACUUCACCCUCGAGCAGGAGGAGCUGAACUUUGUGCCGCCGCCGCGCAAGUUGCCCGCGCAGCUGCAGCAGCAGGCCCGGGAGUGCGCCUCGAGUGCGGAGAAGCUGCGCCGCUUGGGCGUACACUUCCCGGAGUUCUACUGCGAGCUGUGCCACAAGGAGUACGCCAAUCGGUACUUCCUGCGCACGCACAAGUGGAAGCGGCAUGGCGUGUUUGUGCCCCCGGAGGAACUGGGCAAGGAUGAGGCACAGCUGAGCGGCUGGCCGUUUAUGCCGCUCAAUCUGAUGCUGGCCAAGGCAGCGGCUGCUGCCUCAAUGGAGCAGGCAGAACAGGAGCACGAACAGGAGCCCGAACAGGAGCCAGAGGCCGAGCAGGAGCUCAACGAACAGCCCAGCAAGCGCAUCAAACUGGAGCCAGACCUGGAGGAGGAGAAGCUGAAUGGUUCCUCCGUGAUGGGACUGCAGAAUCUGCAGAAAUUGCAGUCCAUGUUGCAGCAGCUGAACGACAUCAAUGGCAAGCGUCCGCUGCCGUGUCACCUGUGCGGCAGGGAGCUGGAGAACCAGUACGCACUUCGAGCACAUCUCAUGACGGAGCAUGCCGCACAGAUGCAGCUGCCCAUGGGCAUGCCACUGCAGCUGCCGCCUGUCCAUGGCAUGUCCAUGCCGCUGCCGGAGCAACAGCUGCCCCUCCACGCGCUCUACCAGCAGCAGGCGGGGCCACAGACGCCACCGAAUGCUGGUGCCAGAUCCUCGCCCGGCAGUGGCGAGGAAUUCAAGCAACAUAUCGCCGCUCCCAGUGCGAGUCCGCUGCGCGAGGGCUUCUACACGCCAGAGCGCCCGGUGGCAGCUGCAGGAGGAGGAACAGCUUCAGGCACUGUCCCCGUGCCGCCGCCGAAUCGGCCAGCCUACACGAUAACGCCGACGAGCAGCUACUGCGAGAUAUGCAACAAGGAGCUGUGCAACAAGUACUUCAUGAAGACCCACAUGCAGCGGAUGCACGGCAUCGAGAUCGAGAACGGAGCGCAGAUCGGCGGCGUCGUGUGCAACAUCUGCAACAAGGAGCUGUGCAGCAAGUACUUCCUGCGUGUCCACAAGCACAACACCCACGGCAUCAUCGAGGAGGGUUCCCCGCUGCCACAGCCACGCGGCCAGAACGGAGUCAAGCUGGAGGCGGCAGCCGCAGCGGCAGCAGCGCAGCAGGCAGCGCCCGAGCAGGAGCUCAAUCUGACGCCGCCAGCAGCAGCGGCAGCUGCAGGAGGGGAAAGUAACUCUGGGGCUGCCCACGAGGUGUGUCCGCUGUGUGCGCGACAAUUCCGGAGCUUCAAGUGGCUGCGCUCGCAUCUGAUGAACGAACACGGACCGGCGGGCGUGGAGCGACUACGCGAAAUGGAGGCAACUCCAGCGGCUGCCUCUGGCCGCAGCAAGCCCAACAGUCCCACGCUCAAGAUACCCAACGGCAGCAGCAGUGGAGCUCCGCCUGCACCACCAGCCGCAGCAGCCACCGCAGGAGCUGUUGGCAAUCCUCCGCCCAAUCUCGCUCAAGCGCUGCAGAACCUCAACGCGCAGCAUCUCUUCGGGCAGAUGCAGCAACAGGUGCCCAAGGGCAUGCAGGGCAUGCCACCGCUGCCACCACUGCCAGGAAUGUUCGGGGAGCAGUCCCAGCGCUUCAAGGAGUAUCAGUGCUCCAUGUGCCCCUUCACCACGCCCUACUACGCAUUCCUCUUCAUCCACGAACGCUCGCACGCGCUGCUCAACAGUGCCGAUGGCAUGGAGGCGUCCCUGGAGGCGCCACCGCCACCGCCAGCCGCUGCACGCAGCCAGGGCAAAUCCCGCAGCAAGUCCAACCGAGCGGCAGCAGCUCCACCAACCAUAGAGGAUGCCGAGCUGCACGUGGAACCCACCAAUCUAAGCACCUCCAAAGCCACAACCAGCCACUCUCCCACACAACACACGCCAGGAACUCCCUCACCAAAGGCCCAGUCUCCGCUGGCUGCAGGCAAGAACCGCUCACCGAAUCUUACCGGACGCCGCAGCUCCAAGUCCAACACGCCCAAUGGCAUUGGAGGAGGCCAUCGAUCGGCUGCCACUUCGCCCUUUGAGGUGUGCACCGAUCUGGCCAAUGGCACUGGGAAACCAGCGAGCUAUGCCCAACCCGACCGCUCCGAGGAAGCAUAUCAGAUGCAGGCAUUCCAUCUGCAGCCAGCCGAUGCCGAUUCGGAGAUGCAAUUUGCUCCGGCUCUGGUCUAUCUGCCUGUGCGGGUGCGCGCCUCGGAGACGGCCACGCUGAGCUUCAGACUAACACCAGCCUAAGGAUGAUGCAACCCCAAUUUACAGUGUUGCCAGCAGCAGUAAGUUACGAAAUACAACCCUGAAACAUUAAUCGAGAUCCUCCCUGAAACGAAUAAAAGUAAAAGAAGAGUUAGGAACAAGAGACAAAAUAGUGGAACUACAAAAGACUGAGUGCGCAUAUUAGUUGAGCUCAUAAUUAAACUUAAAUAUACAUGAAAUCCCCCCCCAAACCCCCCCAUAAUUAACGAUCUAAGCCAUGUCUAACAUGGCCCAACUAUAAACCACUAAAAAUAUAAAUAAAUCCGCAAAAUAAUCAAACAAGAACAAGUCCGUUUCAGCUGGCAGCACUGUGCUAACAAAAACAACAACGAUUAUCAUGAUAUAUGUAAAUAAAUAUUUACUUAUGUAUAUUUGGAUGGUUGCAAGGCAUAAACUAUAAACAUAACAAAUAUAUCUCUAGUGAUUAAAUAUCAAAGUUCCUAUGCGUAAUAGUAAUUUAACGUAGAAAAAAAGAGUUGCGAGAGAAAAGAGAGAGCAGUGGAGGGUGGAGUGGAAAUCAAAAUACGUACAUACAUGUAUAAGGUUGGGUUAGAGGCAGAUCUAGAGAAUGGAUGAAUGGACACUAACAUAUAUAAAGAUUAUAUAUCGUAGGAGCAGCAGCUUCAAAAUCAAAAUUACAAUUAGAAAUUUCUCAUCUACUACUACAUAGAUAUGAUAUGGUCCAUGUGUGUGGCCAUAUAAUUAUUAUAAUGGCAAAGCUUCGCAGCACAAUGAAAUUGCUCAAAAUCAAACUAAAAAUCUACACUCUGGAGGAAUGUUUGCCAUUUCCUUUGAAUUUUUCCAGCAAACCCUCGCUAUAUCGUAGAAAACUUUAACCAAAAUCUUAUAACGAAUGAAUGUCUUCAAUUUUGAUGAGAUUUUUCCCGACCAAAACUUGUACAUAUAAGAAUUUGCUGUUAGAAGAGAACAAACUCCAUGGGAAAUAUCGAAUUUUAGCUGCAAAUUGAACAGAGUUGGCAGGAGGGGCUUUAGAGGGACACACAGCGAUGGGGGAGUAACGGAAAAUUGCGCCAGAAGGUAAAAGUUAAGAAGAAAACACACAACAAAAAACAAACUCAGGGCAAAAGUACAAUGACCUUUAGUACUUUUUUAUACAAACAUAUUUAACGAAAAAAUAAAAUAAAUAUAAAUUUAAAUAUGAAAAACG